AUGAAAUCAUUCGCUUCUUUCGUCGUCUUCAGCCUCUUCGCUGGCCUGGUGGCCGCCGUGCCGACGCCGGCAGAUACUGCUCCGCUCUGCGGCACCACAUACUAUCCGACCAUCCUUCAGCAGCUGUCAGAAGCGUCGCCCAACACCGUCGGCGCCAACACGGCCGCCACCAGUGGCGACUUCCAUGUCAGCCAGACGGUCAUCACCGGCUCUCCCUCGGACCGCAUCUACCAGCUUGUCGGCUUCCAGGGCAUCCCCUCCGGCUCCUUCGGCUGUGAGCUCGCCCUUACCUUCUCGGCGGGCUACCCCAUCACGUCGUCUGUUGGCGGUGUGGCCGGUCCUACGCCCAUGCUCAACGUCACCACAGUGCUGCGCAACAACCCGAGUGCCAUUGCAUACCCCAACGGGUUCACCUUUAACAGUUUCCCCACCCAGCUGGGGCCCAGCCAGGGCCCGUUCGGGACCGUAUCCGCGGCCGCCGGCACAACGGUGUCAAUCAACUCGGAGAGCUGCGACAGCAAUCUUGCCUUUGUCUUUAGCGUUGCCUCGUGGACGGGUACAUCGGCUGCUGUGGAGUUUGCAGAGCAUAAGAGCCCUCUGGCGGGUGUUUACCUGACUGCGAGCUGUUAA